AUGGCGCUCAACGCCUAUCUAAACAAGCGCGUAUCCGUCCUUACGCAAGACGGCCGCACCAUGGUCGGGCUGCUCCACUCGUGCGACGGCAGCAUGAAUCUCGUCCUCCAAGAAGCCGUCGAGCGCAUCAUACGGCCCCGCGACGAGGAAGUACCGAGCGAAGAAGUGCCUCUCGGCUUGUACAUUAUACGCGGGGAUAGCGUGGCUGUGGUGGGGCGCGUGGAUGAAGAUAUCGAUGGGAAGAUUGACUGGAGUAAGGUGCAUGGGGAGGUGCUUGGGGGAACGAAGCAUUCCUGA